AUUUGGGACAAAGGGAAGAAAAUUUAGUGACACCACAAUGGCUUCUUCGACUCCAAAACUAAGACUUGAAAAUAAGGUAGCUAUUGUUACGGGAGGAGCUCAGGGCAUUGGAGAAUGUAUUGUGAGGUCGUUCGUAAAGCAUGGAGCAAAAGUAAUUAUUGCUGAUGUAAAAGAUGACUUGGGAGAAUCGGUUUGCCAAGACUUGGGUGUUGAGUUCGUAUCUUUCAUUCACUGCGACGUAACCCUUGAAGCAGAUGUAGAGAACGCCAUCAACAUGACAAUUGCUAGGCAUGGACAACUGGACAUCAUGGUUAACAAUGCAGGGAUAAUUGAUGAGCCAAAUCUUAGCAUUUUAGACAAUGACAAGACAUCCUUUGAGCAGGUUAUCAGUGUUAAUUUAAUUGGGGUGUUCUUGGGAACCAAACAUGCAGCACGAGUGAUGAUCCCAAAAUGCAGUGGGAGUAUCAUCACGACUGCAAGUGUAUCUUCUGUCACGGGUGGGUGUACAACGCAUGCUUAUACGAGUUCAAAACAUGGUGUGGUUGGACUAGCAAAAAAUGUUGCUGCUGAACUAGGGAAGUAUCAAAUCCGCGUUAAUUGCAUAUCACCCUAUGCUAUACCGACUCCAAUGUCACUUAACUUCAUAGGCAUGGAUGAAAACACGAAUGUUUACUCAAACCUUACUGGAAAAACGCUUGGACCACAAGAUAUUGCAAAUGCAGCUCUUUUUCUAGCAAGCGAUGAGUCUGGGUAUAUCAGUGGACAUAACUUGAUUGUAGAUGGUGGCUACACUGUUCUCAAUCUAGUAUUUGGCUUGUUUUCAUUGACAAAAUAGAAUCCUAGAUCAUCAUAUAGAUCAUUCUUUUCCAUUGUGUGUUUGUGUUUGUUUUCCUCUUUUUAUUCUUGUUUUCUUGGUUAAAUAAUGAUGUGUAUUUAUUUUUGAA